AUGCUGCAGACCAGUCAAUCCCAAUCCAACAUGUCUCAAACCCUUUCACAAAACGGCGCCGCCAGGAUGAGAUACCCAGAAAUGUCUGCCAAGGACGACAUCAUCCAAGCCCUGAUCGUGGCAGCUGCACAACAGUACGCCCCGAGCGCCUCGUCACCUUUAAACCCAACCUGCUGCGGUGACAAGGGGCUCAGGAGACAGAGCUGCCGUUCUACGAGACUCAGGCCCGUGAGAAGGAAGACCAGCGAGACCCCAACGGAACGGCUCCUGCGCCGCAAGGCUGCCAUUGCUUAUGAGCGUACGACGGCCUGCUCACUACCCCCACCAAAGGACGCGAGCAGCACGGUGAUCUGUACCAAGAUCUGCGAUUCGUCAGCAAAGGGCUCCAGCUUGGCCAUCACCACGGUGGAGACGACUCCGGAAUCAAACACAGAGGCAGCCACCAUGUUCCGGGUGGUCAAGGUCGGCGACGUUCGGCACGGCUGGCUUUCCGACGUGGAGAGGCAGGCGGCGAGUGACUUUUCCCUGCUCCAGCAGAACUCUUCCGCCCGGCACAGGCUGCAGAUAGCCCUGAUCCUGAGCCUCUUGAGCGUUUGCUCAACGUUCCUCACCAUCGUCGGGCUUGAUUCACUAAGAGGGCACUACCUUGCCCGUCAGAUCUGA